ACUGUCAUCUCGGCCUAUGUGUCUCGUAGUUGUUGUUGUACCGUUAUUUUCGUACACAUUUCGCUAAAAUUCGUGAAUUAAAAUGUUUAGAAAAAUUAAGCUUUAAUAGUUAAAUCAAAAUAAUUUUCUCAUCACAAUGUCUGAAAAGAAGAAAACCAGUGAAACGGCGAAGUCGACUAAUAAAAUAUGGUGGAUUACUUUCGGUAUACUGUGUGGUGCUACGUUUGUAACUAGAUUUUAUAAAGUUUUGGAGCCUGAUCAUGUGUGUUGGGAUGAAACUCACUUUGGUAAGAUGGCUAGUUGGUACAUAAAUAGAACAUUCUUCUUUGAUGUUCAUCCACCCCUGGGGAAGAUGCUUAUAGCAUUGUCUGGGAAACUGACUGGAUAUGAUGGAACAUUUCCAUUUGAGAAACCUGGAGACAAAUAUGAAGGGGCUCGCUAUGAAGGAAUGAGACUUUUCUGUACUACUUUGGGUGCAUUAAUAAUUCCUCUGACAUUUCUAACUAUAUGGGAGAUGACUAAAUCACUGGAGUCUACUUUAAUUGGGACCAUGUUGUUAUUGUGUGAUGUGGGUUUUCUCACCCUAAACAGAUACAUAUUGUUGGAUCCGAUUCUAUUGUUUUUUAUGAGCUGCUCGAUAUAUGGAGCGUUUAAGGUUCGAACUCUGACCGAGGACAAUCUCCAGCCGUUCUCAGUCCGCAUGCUAUCCUGGCAGCUGUUCUUGGGCGCCUCCCUCGCCUGCACCAUGUCCGUCAAGUUUGUCGGUCUGUUCGUCGUCCUGUUUGUCGGACUGCGCACCAUAGCCGACUUGUGGAACGUGUUGGGAGAUCUUAGCAAACCUGUGAGCCUAACAGUGAAGCACUUGAUCGGCAGAUCAGUAACGCUGAUUCUGUGGCCGAUACUACUCUACGUAUUGUUCUUCUGGAUACAUCUGACAGUUCUUAGUAAGAGUGGCAACGGCGACGGUUUCUACUCGUCCGGUUUCCAAGCCCGAUUGGAAGGCAACAGCUUGCACAACGCAAGCGCACCAAAGACCGUGGCGUAUGGCGCGCUCAUAUCUUUGAAGAACCACCGCACUGGUGGUGGAUACCUGCAUUCUCAUCAUCAUUUAUACCCUUCUGGAGUUGGGGCUCGACAGCAACAGAUAACUACAUAUACACACAAGGACGACAACAACCGGUGGGUCAUAAAGCCAUACGACAAGGAACAGGUGGACGGCAUAGUGCUGGUGAGGAGCGGGGACCUGGUGCGGCUGACUCACGCGCAGACCGGCCGCAAUCUGCACUCCCAUCGAGAGAAGGCGCCACUUACGACUAAGUACAUGCAAGUCACUGGUUAUGGAGAGGAUGGUAUUGGUGAUGCCAACGACGUGUGGAAGGUGGUCAUAUCUGGCGGCAAAGAUGGCGACGAGGUGCAGACUGUUCGGAGCAAGCUUAUGUUCGUGCAUUAUUUACAGGCCUGCGUAUUAACGACUACCGGCAAGCAGCUCCCGAAGUGGGGCUAUGAGCAGCAGGAGGUGGCGUGCAACCCCAACCUCAGGGACAAGAACGCGCUCUGGAACGUAGAGGACAACGUUUUCGAUGACCUGCCAAAGGUGAGUUUCGAGGCGUACGCAUCGGGCUUCAUAGAGCGGUUCCUGGAGUCGCACGCGGUCAUGUUCCAGGGUAACGCGGGACUCAAACCGAAGGAGGGGGAGGUCACAUCACAGCCGUGGCAGUGGCCUAUUAAUUAUAGGGGCCAGUUCUUCUCCGGCAGUUCACACAGGAUCUACCUAUUAGGUAAUCCAGUAAUCUGGUGGGGGAACCUGCUGUUCCUGGCUGUAUUCUUCUUCAUAUACGUCAUCAACUCCAUCAGGGAAAAGAGGGCGGAGGCUCUUGGUACUCCUGUACCGAGUGGUAAAUCGCGCGAGCUACUAAACGCAGCAGGCUGGACGUUCGUCGGGUGGGCGCUGCACUACGUGCCGUUCUGGGCGAUGGGGCGCGUCCUCUACUUCCACCAUUACUUCCCAGCUCUCGUCUUCAGUUCCAUGCUCACAGGCAUCCUCACAGAAUACCUGUUGACCAGCAUCAAGAGCUUCCUGAACCCUGAGCUGGGCAGAACUAUGUACCACUGCAUCAUAGGACUUGUGCUGUCCACAACCAUAUACAGCUUCUACUUAUUCUCACCACUGGCUUAUGGCAUGAACGGCCCAUUGGCCCAUGAACCUAAUUCCACCAUGUCAGGGUUAAAAUGGCUGGAGAGUUGGGAGUUUUAAGCCGGCAAUUGUAACUCAUCUGUACACUUAGUAUAAGUUUGCUUUACGUUAUUAUACGAAAUAGAAACGAAAACGCGUUCGGCGCUCUGAUUGGUUGGUUCAUUCGCGCCGGCCAAUCAGAGCUCCGAACGCGCUCUCAUUUCGUUUUCGUUCAACGUAAAGCAAACUCGUACUAAGGGUACUGGUGAUGUACCUUUUCAUUGAUUGAUCUUGACUUACUUGAUUUAAGGUCCUAUGACGCCUAGAUUGGGCAGGGCGUCCACAGAGGUUCUCUAUCUCGAUUAGUCUUGAGCUUCCCACUUCACCUCGCUCCAAGUCAUGCCGAUGCUGGCCAUUUUUUCCUUACUUUCUAUCAAUGAAUUAUUAAUGUUCAGAGAUUGGUAUUAUUAUGUCACAAAUUAUUAUAAUGAAUUCUGUUAAAAUGCCAAUACGUAAAUAUUGGAAAUGUGAAAGUCGAAAUGGAAUGUAUAGUCUGAUCUGAUUUAUAUAAUAGAUCUGUUCUAAUAUAACUAUUAAGAUCGCAGGGAGCCGUUGGAUGCAAGUCGCUUCCAACCGGCCAACAGGCCUAUGUUCAGCUAAGGCUGUCCUGUGACUGAUAUGAUGAUUAUGGUCUGACCUGAGUAACAUAAGACUUUAGUCUUAAAAUUACUUAGCUUUGCAUAAUCUUGGGACUAUAUUUUGGGAAAAUAUCAGAUUCCCAUAGAUAUAUUAUUUUAUAAUAGGUACAUUUAUAAUAGGUAUUGACAAAACCAAGAAUCAUUGCAUAAUUUUUGUGUCUGAGAACUGAUGAAUUAGUGUGUUUAUAGGUUUUGAAUAGAGUGAAUUAUAUUAUUGUAUCAAUUUAUUUUGAAAUUUUAUCAAGAAAUUAUUUUUAUAUUAAUUUAUUUUUUAUACAAUUUUGUCUAAUUUAGAAUAAGUGCUCAAUUACUAAUGCUUUAAAUAUUCCGUCCAUAAUAAUAUUAAGAGAAAAUUUUGUAUGUUUUUUUUAUGAAUUUUAUUUAAUAAAAACUAUAUACAGUUA